CUACAAUAAAAAAUGAAUUUCCCUUUGCCUGAAAAUAGAAUUGCCAAUUAUGCUAAAGUUUCAACAUUCUUACCACAUCUUAUUUGUCAAUGUUGUAAAUCACUAUCUUUACAAUAAUUGAUAUGUCUUAAAUGUCAUGAAAACUUUUGUUUUAAAUGCAUACCAUAUUCAGAUGAUUAGAUUCCUGAACCUAUAGAAAUAACUAUCCAAACUAUCUUAAUUAAUAAGAAUACUAAAUAUCUCUAAGAUAUUAAUUAUAGAGGUUUUUGUCCUAAUUGUGAACUUGUGACUAUUCUAACAUCUUAACUACCAAAAAUGUUUCAUAAAUUAUACACAAGUGUUAAAUUCUCUUGUUAAAACAGAAUUAAUGGAUGUCCUGAAGAACUUUGUUAUCCUGAUUUAAGAAUUCAUGAAUCUAAAUGUGGAUUUAAUACUCUAACAUGUCCUAAAUAAGAAUGUGGUUAACAGACAUAUAAAAAAGAUUUCAUCAAUCAUAUUUCUAUAUGUAAUCCAACAUCUGAAUGUAUAUGUGGUUCUAACAAUUAACAUGAUCAAUAAAAAUGUCUUAGAUUAUAAUGUGAAACACUCAAAAGUUAACUCAAUACUUAAACCAAAGAAUUAUAACUACUCAAAGAUGUUUAAACUACACUAUCAUAUUCAAGUCCAUAAAAAUAAAUCAAUAGAGUCAUUGUUAAUCAAUCACCUUAUGUUGCUACAUCCCCCUUCUCAUUAUAAGGUUUACUACAACAAUCCGCUCAAAUUUUAAAUGAUGGAUGA